AUGUCCACGUUCGCCAAAGAUGACGUCGUCGAGGCCGCCGCGGGUGCGAUCGGCGCGAUGUGCGCGCUCGUCGCGACGUAUCCACUCAUCACGUUGAACACCAGGCAACACGUGGCGCGGCGCGGGGGCGACGCGACGACCGACACCGACGCCGCUCGCGGCGAUGCACGAGAGCGGUGGAGACGCGCGGACGUAAAGUCCAUGUACGACGGCAUCGAACCCGCGCUCGUGGGCACGGUGGCGUCGCAGACGGUGUACAACUACUUUUACGCGAGAGGCGCGCGGGCGCGCGCGGCGGCGACGGGACGGGACGCGGAUGGCGCGUCGUCGUUGAUGAUCGCGAGCGGAGCUGGGAUUCUGAACGUGCUGAUGACGCUGCCGAUAUGGACGCUGGUGACGAAGAUGCAGGCGGACGUGAAGAUGGCGAGGGAGCGGACGGAGAACGACGACGGGGACGAGGCGGAGACGCGGGCGGACGUCGACGACGCCGUGACGACGCGCAGACGGGAGCGAAGGCGGGAGAAGGAGGGAGCUCGACGUGGAUUCUUCGACGUCGCUCGAGACGUGAUGCGAGAGAGCGGUGUGCGGGGGUUUUGGCAGGGCUUAACGCCGUCUCUGGUCAUGGUUGCGAAUCCGGCGCUGCAGUACGCGUUUUACGAAUCCGCCGCGCAGUGGCGGAUGCGACAAACGCGGAAGAAGAGCCUGAGCGCGCUGGAAAUUUUCGCCUUGGGGGCCACGGCGAAGUUCGGGGCGACGAUGCUGACGUAUCCGUUGUUGGUGGUGAAGACGCGUCUGCAAGUCGUGUCCAAGGAUAUGGCGGACGACCGCAUGCGAUACCGCGGCGCCGUGCACGCGAUUCGUUCCAUGGCCGAGGAAGAGGGGUUGGGGGUAUUUUACAAAGGUAUCGAGACGAAACUCACGCAAACCAUCCUGGCCGCGGCGCUCAUGUUCACCGUCAAGGAGAAAAUCGCGGAGAAUAUCUACAAGGCGCGAAGUCGCGUCGCGGCGCGCGUGUGA